AGAAAAACUUAUCUUAAAACAUGGAUAUGGAGAAAAUUAGAACCAAACUGGGGGCAAUAGACAUUAAUGCUGGCCAAAACUCCAGACAUGAGACUCAAAAUUAUGAUGAAAAGGCUAAUGAAUUUUUUAAUCAAUAUUUCAAAACUGAAUUUGAGAAAGAAGGCCGCCUUAUGAUUCCACGAGCUUUCUUAUACAAAAACCCAAUGCCUGAUGCAGCUGAACCACAGAGAAAAACAAAUGAAUUGAAUACAACAAACCCAAUGCCAAAGAAACCUGAACCUGCAGCCAAACCAAUGGGGAAAAAGAGGAAGACAGAACUGGGUUCAAACCAAAUGCCCAAGGAACCACAAGCUGCAGUCGUACCAAAGAAGAAAAAGACAUAUGCACUGGGUACAAACAAAAUACCUGACACAAACCCAAUGCCAAAUAAACCUGAACAUGCAACUGAAAGAAAGAGGAAGACAAACCCAGUACCAGGGUACUCUGAAGCUGCUGCCAAACCAAAGAAAAUGAAACAGACAAAUGAAACAGAUACACGCCUAAUACUUGAGGAACCUGAGUCUGCAGUUAAACAAACAAAGAAAGGGGGUAAGACAAAUGAAUCUGACAGAAUUCAAAUGUUAAAGAACCCUGAAGCUGAGGCACGACCAAUGAAAAAUAAAAAUAAAUCAGAUAAGGACCAUAUUGAGGGAGAUGCUGCAGAGCAUAUGAUUUAUGAAUGUUUACACAGCAUAACUCAUGAUAAAAUUAUAGCUAUAAGAGAUUUAAAAUUCAACCUGAAAGAAAGCAAAAAAGAAUAUCAGCAAGACUUCAUUGUCUUUCACUCAAGAGGGGUGAUGAUGAUUGAAAGUAAAUCCAGUGAAGAAAAAACAAACAAAAGUACAAAACAGAAAAGCAAGAAAAAAGCAAAGGAACAAUUAGAUCGAGUCAAAAAAUUCUUUGAUGAGAAUUUCAACAAGAAGAUUCCUAACAAUAAUAUAAAACUUGUUAUUGGAAUCCCAAAUUUAAAGCGUCGCGAGCAGAAGAGGUUCGAUGGUGAAUACUACUAUAUGUUUAAAGAGGAUGUUGAGGAUGAAAAUACAUUUAGAUUGUGGUGGCAAGAUGUAACCAGGCAUAGUCCUGGUGAGAGAAGUUUGCCAGACAUAGUUUACAAGGACAUACUGGAUACAGCUAAGAGAUACAUACUAUAUGCCCACUUGGCUUAUGACCCUGAUGUUAAGGCAAAUGAAAACAAUAUCCCGAUCCGGGAUACAGAUGUGAAUAAUGUGGUUGCUGAACAGACAACUAGCAUUCAAUAUUUAUUGAAGACACCAGAACAGAGGGAGGUGUCUGAAAAUAAGACACACAUUCUGAAUAUAGAAGGUCCAGCUGGAUCGGGGAAGACUGUUUUACUUGAAGAGAAGGUGAGAUCUAUUAAGAAUAACCCCAAAACUCAAAAUGAUUCAAUCUUAGUUUUAUGUUACCAUCGACCUUUGGCAGCAAAACUUGAAACUAAUCUAGGUGCAAACAGGGUAACAGUAUCCUCCUUCAUAAAAUAUGUUAAAAGUUUGCAAUCUAAAAAAAACAGAGCUCAAUUCCAAAAGGGAAAAGACAUGGAACAUACGAGGACAAAAAUGAAUGAGGUUAUUGAUCAAAUCAAACCUUGCAUUACUGAUGAUGACAAAUAUGACCACAUUCUCAUUGAUGAAGGUCAAGAUUUCAAAGCUGAGUGGAGGGAAUUUUUGAAACGAUUUAUUUUGAAAGAUCCUAACCAUGGGUACUUUUGGAUGUUUUAUGACUCGUUCCAAAGAGUCGAAAAUGAUGGUGAUGCUCAUUUAAAUUACUUUAACAUCACUAAAACACAAAAGCUAACAAAGGUCAUGAGGACCACGAAAAAAAUUCAUAAAUAUUCCUGCAAGUAUGAUCCACGUAAAUCCAAACUUGGACACAAAAUACAGGGUGUGCCUGUUGAAAUUAGCCAAACUGAGGAUUAUGAAAGUCUAAAAAAUCAUUUGAACAAUUUGAUUCACCAAAGAGUAAAACAGGAAGAUAUAACUGUUUUGUUCAGAUCUAGGGAAAAAUCAAAUGAAUUCAAAAGGUAUUGUAGAGAGGGAGGUAAAGAGAAAGCAGAGGAAGAACAUGUUAAUGAUCAACAAGAGGAAGAUGAUGAUCUACAAGAAGAGGAAGAACAUGUGAAUGAUCAACAAGAGGAAGAUGAUGAUCUACAAGAAGAGGAAGAACAUGUUAAUGAUCAAGAACAAGAGGAAGAUGAUGAUCUACAAGAAGAGGAAGUAUAUACUCAAGAAGAGGAUUAUGAGGUUGAAAAAGAAAAUGUCAAAAAAGAAGCUCAGUAUAUCACUUCAAGUACUAAAUUUCAAAAUGCAGAGGAAAAAGCCAAAGGAGGGUCUCAUAUAACCCUGGAUGGAAUGAUCAGAUUUAAAGGAAUGGAGCAUAAAUAUAUUAUCCUUUUUAAUCCUAAGGUACACAGAAGAUACCCAGUUGAGGCAGUAAAAGACACGCUUUACACUGCAUUUACCAGAUCCUUUUGCAUCCUGCAU